CGAGCGCGAAAUAGGUCAUUGACCUUUCGCCCGUUCUUGGGCGUAAUUAAUCUUGCUGAUUAUUUAUUAGUUCGUCUACAUUUAAUACAAAAUAGAUUAUUAGUUGUUGGUUCGACCGCAUGCUUUAUGGUUGAACACUGCUUGUGGUUCCUUAUUACCCGCAUAAUUCCGCUUUGUGGCGUGGGACGUGUCAUUAAAUGAUGAACAGUUCAUUCGCUCAUGCUUCACUCAGUGUACGGAAAGUUUGUUCAUUGCUAGAUUUUUGUCUUGUGUGACAUUUGCUACUUAAUAUGGGUUUUUUAAAUUGUCGUCAUAGUCAUAAAAUCCAAUUUUAUAAACAAAAUUUUAUAAAUCAUAAAACCCUUGGCUAUUUUACUCAAGAAAUUGCGAUUUUAAAACAUCUCUGUUUGGCACCAGGUACAAACUAUUAAAUAAAAUCAGACGAUAUAAAUUGAAUGAUUUGAAGACAAAGGUCGUUGACCUUUGUUGAGCGAAAGAACGUGUAACCGUCGGGUCCUGCAUCGUGCGGUUGUGACAGAUGCGCUGUCCAUUCGAAUUAGGGCAGAUGAGAUGAAAAUUGUGCCGGGUCAGGCCCUUGAAGAGGUCGCGGUCAUGGGCAUACACAGCCCACAUUAAAAUCAUAUGCUGCAUGCUCAUAAAAUAAGCAGUUCACCUGAGUACUGCGGGGUCAUCAUCCAGAUAGAGCCUGACGACGGAUUGUACACCUGGCAGCAAAGUUUUAUCAUUUUUCGUGGGAGAGAGAGAACAUAUUCACUCCUUGGGUCAGAGCAUUUGAAGGACGUCGACCUAAAAAGUUGGUGAAGAUGACCCCUUUCAGCGAUGGCUGUCAGUACCAAGCUGCUUGUCAAUGGCGGUGAAGACCAGCUGUAACUCGUUGGCCUGAAUCCCAACAGCCAUUUUUUGCCUGAAUAACGGACAGCGCUUGUGCGACCUUCAACUUGUAGAAAAUGUUACCUGGGGAGAAAUCAGAAUGAAGGUAGUAUUCGGUUGCAUGCACGUCGACACCGAACCGGAGCUUCAAUAGACACGGCUGCGCGACGUCAACAGGUCAAGGGUCGCUGAAUUUCUCAGUGAUCUGUGUCGAGUUACUCAGGCUAAACUGUGCCGUGUGUGACAGUUAUUUACAGGGCAGACUGCUUGGCCGUGAUACAGUAUUAGCUUCUGGCUUGGCGCAAAACACCGAGAAACAGGCAAGCCGUAGGGAGGAAUCCGCCGAAGCCAGUUACGUGCCUCUGCUGCGCUGUCCGCUCAACGUCUAUUUUUUUCUGUCCGGUUCCCAUGGCCAGAUCUUGAGAACAGCCCUACCAUGGUGCACCAGCCGAGCCCCAGUGAUGAGGUGGUCAAGGUGGUUGUUGUGGGCGACCCGGGGGUUGGUAAGACCUGUCUGAUCUGCUCGUGGGCCUGCGAUGCCCACUAUGAACUGCGGAACCUGGUCAAGACUCACGUGGCCACAGUGUGGGCAAUCGAUCAUUAUCAGCGUGACAUAGACGUGAUGGAGAAGUCUUGGUGCGAGGUAGAUGGCAUCCAGGUCUCCCUUCGCCUGUGGGACACAUUUGGUUACCAUGACAAGGACCGUGCUUUCGCCUAUAAAGGCGCCGAUGUUGUACUGCUGUGCUUUAGUACAGUGUGCCCAGGUUCCCUACGUAAUGUCAAGGCCGUCUGGUUCCCAGAAAUCCAACGCUCCUGUCCCAGCACUCCAAUCAUCCUCGUAGGAACUCAAGCAGAUCUUCGCUACCUGUACAACGACCUGGCUUACCUCAGUCUGCAAAAGGGUAUGAUGUACAGGCGCAUCUUUGACAAAGACAUCGUGACACCAGCCAUGGGUCGUGAGACUGCCCGAGACAUCAACUCGCCCUUCUACGAGACCAGUGUCUUGACCAAGUUCGGCGUGGACGACGUCUUCAUCAACUGCGCACGCGCGGCGCUGGUCGAGCGCCGGAAGCUGAGGUUCUGGAGCACGCAGCUGCGUAGAGUGCAGCGCCCUCUCCCUCCAAAACCGAUGCCGUUGCCCCUGCCAACCAUGCCGCAGAUCGUCGUGCCCAACCACCAGGCAACCUGUAACCUUGAGCCUCUGUUGUACGAACAGUAUGAGUGCGAUGUGGCGCUUCGUGCCCAAGAGACCUGUUUCGAAGCACAUCGAGUCGUUUUAGCCGUCUCCAGCAAGAUAUUCAAGGAGCUUUUUUCCUGCAGAGACCUUUUAAACCUGACUGCUCGAUAUCGCUCCUCAAGCCAGUUGGAUGGUCUGCAAGAAAUAGCUUUAACGAACAUUGCUGCGACGAGUAGCAGUGAUAGUCUUCCAAAAAGUCGAGGAGAUUUUUCAAUUAGUCCUGAAGCACCUGUAAGUCCUAGGGCGUUGUCUUCGUCCGAUGGAGAAUCACCCUCCCCCACGCCGGUUGAAAACACCAACACCAGGCAAUAUCCAUUACUAGUGUCGUACAGCCACCCGGCUUUUGCGUCGGUAGAGGUGAAGUUUCACAGCGACCCCUUCAACCCUGCUCAGUCGAGCCUGAUGACCUUCGUCACACUUCACCCCGACAUCACUUCUCGCGCUUUCCACUGGGUCUUGGAGUUUCUUUACACUGGUCACAUCUGUGAGGUCACAGACCAGGGGUCAGUCUGCGAGUUGCAGCGAGCUGCAGAGCUUCUGGGCCUUAGUAGUUUGCUGAAGGGACUGGACAACCGCAAGCUGCCCGAUGGAGAGUUUCUCAACGCCCAGCUGCAGAAACAGAUUCAGAAAGCCAAAUAUCACAGACUUCGGAACCUCUCUCUGAAUACUGAUGGCUUCCUGACAGAUGUGAUUUUCCAAGUUGAUGAUGGGCAGGUUUCUGCACACAGAGUGCUGCUGAUGGCGGGCUGUGAAAUGAUGCAUGCCAUGUUUUCAAACCAUUUUCUGGAAUAUUCUGUUGAUGUGAUUCCAUUCUAUGGCAUUAAUUGCAACACUUUUCGAACUCUCAUGGAAUACAUCUACACAGGAGAGACUACCAGCAUUGGGUCAGCAGAUGGCUUGUCCCUGAUUGUGAUAGCUAAUCAGCUGUGUCUACCUCAUCUUGUCUGUAAAACAGAGGCUUUUGUUGCCUCAGAACUCCAGCGCAUGGCUGAUCCCAUAGAGGAAACAAUAAUGUUAAUAGAACAUCAAAGUUACAUAAUGCGAGACAGCUUGCUCAGUGGUGUGAAAAGUUUCUUAGUGUUCGCUAUCAAGAAGUUGUCCAGCAGCAUUACAAACUCUUUCGAAAUCUUCCCAAAGACAUUCAGGAGAACAUUGAAAGGCAGCGAUGGCCUCCUGUGUGGUACCUGCAAGAGAUGGAGUAUUAUGAUCAGCAGACAGGUGAUUACCUUAGGAAUCAGAAACAGAAAGAACGCGAGGACAACAGCCGUGGUUGCUUUUGCUUCAGUCGACGUCCUCACCAUCAGCUGGAUCACCCUGCAUGAGAACAAAGGCUACUUUUCAUACAAGCUUCCAUUCAAAUAUUAUAUGUCAUUCAUGAAUAUUCAUGCAAUAAUUAAGGCAAUAACAGACAUGAAUGAAAUGUGUAUGUGCAUACACGCACAUACAUCACCACUUCUGUUUUUCAUCAUUGUAAUCUUUUAUAUAAUCACAUAAUAAUUUUCUUGUAUGUUUUUGUGUUAACCUUCUUGUGACUGAAUUACUUUUAGAAUCACUUUUGAAUGUUCUCCUUAAGUCUUAUUGUGCAUCAGUCACCUGUUCUGCUAGUCACUAGUUUCCUUCUGUUAAUGCUCUCAAAGCUGUACCUUGCUGAUUAGCCUAGCUAAAACUUGCAGUACUUUACAGGUCAGCAUAGGAUGGUAAACCUUUGUUGGGGAGUGAAUUUAGAUUUUGGUGUGUUUGCUUGUUCCAUAUCUGGACAUUUUUCGUGAAAAUCAUAAAGAUAAGUGUCUUUUCAAAUAUAUUUUUAACCCUCACACUUUGUCUGCCCCAAUUUGUGCCAUGUUUCCAAAGUGGUGGUGGGAAAGAUUGCCUUCAGACUUCUUGAUGGUCACUUUGUUGCCCAUGGUUACCUACCCUUGCAUUUAUUUUGCAUUUAUAUUGUCUCAGUUGAGAUAUAAAAUGCAUUUUUGAAGAUCUACCUGAGUUAAUAAUAUUUAUGUCAGUGUUCUUAAUUUUUGUGAAAUAAAAUCCUUUAGAUAUAUCUGUUAUGAAUGUCUGU